GUUAUUUAUACACGCGAAAAGGAACAACUACUGCUUCGGUAACGUUUUCGAAGCAAUGGCUCGAAACUUGGGUAUCUAUAAUUGCACGCGAAUAAAGUCGACCAAGACAAUAGGACCACCGCGUCGAGAAACUAAUCCCUCGAUCGAUCGUAUACAUGUAUAUAUAUAGAAUAGAGAAAAGAGAGAUGGAACAGAGAGAGAAUAUGUUUGGUUUUGGAGAUGCGUGAAGGAAUCCCUGGAAGCGGAUUGAAGCGGCGACAGCGAGGAGCGUGGACAAUCGAGCAUCUCUCGGCGACUCGUGCGCGACCCCGAAGAGAGCGUUAUCGAAUCGAGGAUCUUCGCAGAUUUUCGGGGAGGUUCGUUCGGCCACGGAUUCUCCCGGGCAGCAGCCGGCACGGCUCAGUAUACUGCGUGGCAGCCUGGACCGCAGGCGCCUCCAGUCGAGGGCACGGUAGUUGGCGGUUGCGUGGCUGUGCCGAUGCCAGUGCGCUUUUCACACCGGAAACUCUGCGUGCUUUUUUGGGACGCGCUUCCACCGCGUCGAGAAGAUAUUCCAAUAUAUCGACGGAUAUCGCGAGACGAGAGGAUCAGUCGGUUAUCACCUGGCGACCCAGCAGUAGCAGCAGCAGCAGCAGCUGAUCGCAAGCUCGGCGGUUAAUGAGACAUCGAGGAAGAUGAAGCUCGAAGAGAUGGAACGCGAGAGUUUGGGAAGACUGGCGAGGAGAGAGUGGGACGGAGAGAGUCGGGAGAGAGGGAAUUGAUCGUGAUUGCGUGGUUAUCGAUCGAUAUUUCCCUUGGACGAGGAGGGAUCGAAGGGCGGUCGACUGGACGGCCGUGGUGGAGCCGUCUGAGCGUUUGCACGCCGGAUGCUGGCUCCGGUUCGUGGUGCGCCGACCAGCAGCCGCGUGUGUGUGUGUGCCGUGUACACGGAAGAUGUACGACAACGCAUAGACCGUUACCGCGAUACGUCGGUGUCGCGAUUCUUCGCAGUCGUUGCUUUCGAGCGAACGGUACACGGUGUUUGUGGCCGAAACAGUAAUAAAGGGGACCGACGGCGGCGGCGGAGGAGGAGGAGGACGGAGGAGGACGGCAGCAGCGGGAAGGUAUUGCGCGUCCGGGGCGCGAGGAGGAGCGAGGAAGAAGAGAGAAAGAGGGAGGCCUGGAGAGAGUAAUGAUCGUGACGACGACGGUCGCGCGAACAAAUGAACACCUCGGCACAGCGUUCGGGAUAUUCCAAUCCCAUUUCUGUCAUUGCAGAGAUGUGAGGAAUGAUCACGUGGGUGAUGGUCGGGCUGCUCCUGGCUGCGGAAACUUGCGGCAGAAACGUCCUCUCCGGAAACGGAAACGGAAAGGAGGAGUCGAAGCAGAAGGACGGGCUGAAGGGAAUAACCGCGGAGGAGGAAGACAUCUACCGUCUAACGUGCUACACUUGCGUCAACGUCAGCGAUAACCAGAUGUGCAACGAAUGGGCGAUAGACACACCGUGUCCGGCGGGCGGCCGGGACUUCUGCAGAUCGCUGCACAUUUUGGACAGCCGAGGGAAUAGCGUGUUGGUGAGCAAGAGCUGUGUGAGCAGCGCGGAAUGCGGCCCCGCCUCUGUCGGUUGCAUCCCGGUGGACACGCAGCAGAUUUGCAUCAGUUGCUGCGACCUGAGCUACUGCAACAUCGAGUCGCCGACCAACUCCACGAACGCCAUUUUCUCGCGCAAACGGCGCGCCAAAUCCAAGUCGAAACGCAAACGACCCGGUAGGAACGGGGUCGAGGGCGGCCGGUUCUACGGGGGUGGAGGCGCGCUCUGGCUCCUGGCCUCACUCUUCUAUGCAUAUCAUUGCUGAGGAAGCAGCAACGCGGAUGAAUUCUAGUUAGAAGACACGCGCACCAGGCAGCUCGGAUCAAUCAAUCCUUCUCCUACGAGUUUUGCGGGAAUUACGUGAAUUGAAAUCUCGCGUCUCUGUCCGCGAGAUUUGUCCGUUUCUUAGCCGAACGGAACGACCGAUCCUCUUCUCUACGACUGAUAGCGUAUCCAUUUUUUUCUUUUUUCUUUUCCCUCAUCAUCUUUACGUUCUUUCGUGAUUCUGACACGCGUGUACUAUCGCGAAGCUUUGGAAAAUCUUUGCCCUAUCGAUUUCUACCUGGUCUCGUCCCGGUAUCUCUAACGACGACGCGGCAUAAAUUGCGGAGAACGUAUAUAUAUAUAUAUAUAUUAAAUAUAUCGACACGAACGAUCGAGUUAUUCUUACGUAACGUAAGAUAGUGAAAUUAGGAGUCUGAAUCUCGUCUUCUAUUUCCUUCGUUAACCGAUCCGAGUUCCGACACCCCGAACGAAGGGGAGGAGGGUUUGCCGCUCAGGAAAUCCCUCCGACAAAUCCUGCGCUGUCUGAAUAGUAUAUAUAUGUAUAAUAUAACCGAGGGCCGAUUCAAAGACUCUCAGUGAUGGAAAAAGGAAUUGUUCUCUUCUCGUAGUAGCGUAGUUGCUAUGCCUUGUUAGAAAACGAAGAAAGAAAAAGAAAAAAAAAAAAAGAAAAAAAAGAAAAGAAAAAAGAAGAAAUAAUAAUAAAUAAAUGAAUAAAAAAUGGAACGAAAGAUAUACAUAUAUAUAAAUAUAUAUAUAUAUACACACACAUACGCGCGCGCGGAAGAAAUUAAAACGUAAGUUUCGAGUUCAUGGAUUAAACGAUCGAUGAAUUUUCCAUUCGUGUUAUAAUAUACUUUCUAUACAGAGUUGCAGUGCCAAACGAGAGAAACGAAGAAAAUCAAAUACCUUCCAUGCAACUAAUUUUUAACGCACACGGGCAUUUCUUUUUCGAUCGAAUACUAGUGAAUACCGAUACAUAAAAGUGGAAAAGUCCGUAUUGUUUUCGCGUUUUAAAAGGCCCUGGUUCGACACGCGGAAUUUCAUUUCGACUCCUCUCGAGAAGGGGUGGAAGAGAGAGAGAGAGAGAGAGAGAGAGAGAAAUGAAACGUUCGCUGUUCCCUGCUGAUUCAUUCUGAAUUUCAGUACCUGGUGGAACAACGAUCGAUCGUUGUCCUCAAGGCACUUGCUCAGUGAAGCUGUGAAUUCCCCGUACAAUUCACGACCAUGCGUUUCAUUCGACAAAUAAAGUAACAAAUCGUUUCUAUCAUUCCUUUCCUACCUAUCCGUUUUUGUGUUCACGCUCGACGAUACUCCGUUAGACUUCAUUUAUCUGGCAAUCGAUCCCCGAGUCGAAUAUUUAACCAGUCCUAUGAUUAAACUUUCUUACUUCUUAUUUCGAACGAGUAAAAACAUGUUGAUCAAGCUUACGCGAAACUUCUUAAUUAAUCGAGUUCUUUAAUUAACAGUUGCAAGUUCAAAUAAAUUCGUAAUUAUGCAUUCGAGGCAAAGAAGGAAAGAGGAAAAGAAGUUGUUGAUUACUUCUGUGCGGUAGCAUUAUUUCCGGCUGUAUCUUAUUUGAUACGUUCCUUAAUGAUACGUUUCCAAAGUUGAUAAAAGCAUAAUUAUCACGCGAGUUGCAAUAAAUGAUCUGUUUUUAUAGAAUUUAUCCACGAGAUGGAGAUGACGCGAGCGUGAUUAUUAUUAGGUUCAUCCAAAAAUCGAUUUCCACUCCGGAUUUUUAUAGUUUCGAUCGUUCAAAGGGAAACAAUUCGGAAUCGAUUCAGUUUUCGUGGUGUUAUAUCGAGUUUCUUAGGGGAAAAAGGUGGAAUAUCACGGCACACCGACAAAUGGAGGAGCUCCCUCCCGUGCGCAGUUUGACAAAUAGAUAUGCAAAUCAUGAAUUACGCGAGCGGAACGCACGCGGGAUUUGAAUUAUCGAUAAACUGGAAUUACGCGUACCUAAAAGCUGUUUACAUACCUACAAACUCGCCUACUACAGACUAUUUACUGCUAUUACAAUUAUUAACAAUUAUAUAAAUAAAUAAAUAAAUAAAUAUAUAAAUGAAUAAAUGAAUAUAUAUUAUGAUAUAGAAAUUAUACAUUGUUUCGGCAUGAAGAUGUAAGAAUACUGUUGGUAAUGAAAUAAAGAAGACUAUAAUUGUCAGACUGGCA